AUGGACAAGGUCAAGAAAAUGCUCAACGUUGGCUUCGAGGCCGAUGCCGCCAAGCCAGCAGAACCCUCCUCAGAGGCCUAUGCCCAGCUCAAGGCCGAGUACACCAAAGCCGGUCAGGACCAUGUUUUCACCUUCUACGACUCUCUGAGCACCGAAGACAAGGCUGCUUUGUACAACCAGCUAUCGGGCUUCAACCCUGCCUACAUCAACGAAAUCACCAAACGAGCCCUUGGUGAGACCAAAUCAGACACCCCCGAUACCCUCGAGCCCCUCCCCGAAUCCGCUCAAGCCAGUAUCCUCGAUUCGAGUGCCGAUGACAUCAACAAGUGGUACAGCUCCGGCUUGGGCCUCAUUGGCAAGAACAAGGUGGCUGUGGUUCUCAUGGCUGGUGGCCAGGGAACUCGAUUGGGCAGCUCAGCGCCCAAGGGUUGCUACGACAUUGGGCUACCCUCGCACAAGAGCUUGUUCCAGAUCCAGGCUGAGAGAAUCCGCAAGAUUCAGGAGCUUGCUGCCAAGAAUGCCGGCACUGGGUCCGUCGUUGUUCCCUGGUACGUCAUGACCAGCGGCCCAACCCACAAGCCAACCGAGGCCUUCUUCGAGGAGAACAAGUACUUUGGCCUAGAUGCCGCCAACGUCAAGAUCUUUGACCAAGGAGUCCUGCCCUGCAUUUCCAACGAGGGCAAGAUUCUUCUUGAGAGCAAGGGCAAGGUUGCUGUAGCCCCCGAUGGCAACGGCGGUAUCUACCAGGCCUUGAUUGUCUCUGGCGUUCUUGACGACAUGCGAAAGCGCGGCAUUGAGCACAUUCAUGCUUAUUGCGUCGACAACUGUCUUGUCAAAGUGGCUGAUCCCGUCUUCAUCGGCUUCUCAUCCUCCCUGAACGUCGACAUCGCCACCAAGGUCGUUCGUAAGCGCGACGCUACCGAGUCUGUCGGUCUCAUUCUCUCCAAGAAUGGCAAGCCCGACGUUGUUGAGUAUUCCGAGAUUGACAAGGCUACCGCUGCAGCAGAGGAUCCCAAGCACCCUGGCGUCCUCAAGUUCCGAGCUGCCAACAUUGUUAAUCACUACUAUUCUUUCCGCUUCCUCGAAUCCAUUCCCCAGUGGGCUCACAAGCUGCCUCACCACAUUGCUCGAAAGAAGAUUCCUCACGCAGACACCAAGUCGGGCGAGACCGUCAAGCCUGAGACCCCCAACGGCAUCAAGCUUGAGCAGUUUGUUUUUGAUGUCUUCCCUAUGCUGCCUCUGAAUAAGUUUGCGUGCAUGGAGGUCCGCCGUGAGGACGAAUUCUCGCCGUUGAAGAAUGCCCGCGGAACGGGUCAAGACGACCCCGACACCAGCAAGGCCGAUAUUAUGGGCCAAGGUCAGCGGUGGGUGGCUGCUGCUGGAGCUACUGUUGUGGCCGACGGCGGCGUUGAGAUCUCGCCUUUAAUCAGCUACGGUGGCGAAGGUCUCGAGAAGCUCAGCGGCACCACUAUUACUGCUCCUGCCGUGCUGGAGCGAGAAUAA